AAUCUCAUCACAUCUGGCCUGCACAUGUGCCAUUGCUUUUUGUGCAGCGGUCUAUGGAUCCACCAGAGAGAAAAGGAAAAAUGUGUUUGGUUAAAGAAGCAUCAGGAGGGAGCUGUUUAGAAAGGUUGUUGUAUGAGAGGAUGUUCAACAUUCCGUCCUGUACACAGUCAAAAUGGACUGCUGUUGAACGUGGAUGAAGGACACUGCAUUCUAUCUUUUGAAAGCAAGUGUCUGCCACAACGUCUGCCAAGUCAUCCAGAAUUAGGAUGGACGAUAGAGUCAGGGACCACCCCGGUGAGUGAGGCUGGAACACUGCGCACGUCUGCUCAGACAGUUUGAUGGCAUCUCAUACCACAGAGCGCGGAUUCGAAUCCACGUCUCCUCGGCAGCUGGAGCUGCGUGCGCCUCUACGAACAGUGCGCCAAGAGGCGCCUCUGCUGACAGCGCACUCAGACACGACCUCACUUGUGCUGAGUGCAGCACGCCCACGCAGCAACGAGCCUGCAACCUAUUAUCAAUCUGCUCACCUGUUACUGAUGAGGGCAAGCCCAAUAAAGGACCAGUGGACCCAAAGAUCGGCGCGGGAACUUAGUUCUCAGAUGUGUCGUGUCACCACCGCUGCUCCCCUCCUGGCUCCCAUUUUGCCUUCCUGGAUCCCCGACCUCUGUUUUGGACUUUGGACUCGCUCUCCUGCUUUUGACCCCGCUUCCGCCAUGGACUUCCCUGCCUGCCUCGCUCCUGUCUACACCACCUCCAACACUUUGGAGACCGAAGCGGCAGUACCCUCUACGCGAGCCCUCAUAAGGCGCUGUCGCAGAGGGUGGAGGUCCGCCCAUGCUGCCCCAUUGAGGGCUUCAGAGAAGAUGCGUCGCAACGCUAUCCGACGUUGCAUCCCGGCCCCAGACUACCAGCCCGGACAGCAGGUGCUGCUACAGGCCAAGGACCUCCAACUCUCAACCGCCUCCCAGAAGUUGGCACCACGUUUCUUGGGUCCAUACUCGGUUAGAUCCAAGAUCAACCCAGCCGCGGUACGAUUGCCUACCACAACCUGUGAUAACUCACCCAGUAUUUCAAUUCUCCCAGGUCAAGCCUGGUAGAGAGCAGUUCCCUGUCCCCCCCAACCCUGUUCCCCCUCCUUCUAGGGUCCUCAAGAACGGUGACCAAGUUUGGACUGUCAAAGAGAUUUUCAGGAUCCGGCGACAGGGGAGAGGGUAGAUCUACCUCGUGGACUGGGUGAGCUAUGGACCAGAGGAUAGAUCCUAGGUACAUCGCCGAACCCUCCCUUAUUGAAGACUUCCACAAAGCUCAC